CAGUUUAUUAUUUUUCAGAUAGUUAACAAAAAUGUUGAGGAUAAAGAAACAACUUUAUCGGCAACAGACUUCAACACCCCGGUAGAUGAGAUAGAUUUACGCAAGAUAGGCAUUGAUGUAAAGGAAGACCCGACAAUGGGCAAUAAGUCUGAAGGAGAUAUAGCAAUUUCUGAUAUCAAAAAAUUUGUUGAAGCCACUAAUAAUAAUGUACGUGUCACCCGAAACGCUAUCCGACAAACUACACAAUAUGGUGGUUAUGCCCGUUCAGUUAUUGCUAAAGCGAUGCAAGAAUAUCACGACAAAACUUGUAUCAAAUUUGUGCCCAGAGAUCCUAUUCAACAUCGUGAUUACAUUUACAUCCACCCCGAUGCAGGUUGCUAUUCGCUUGUUGGCCGAACUGGUGGACGUCAACCAGUGUCACUAGAUUCCGGUUGCAUUCAAACCGGUACUAUAGUUCAUGAACUAAUGCAUGCUGUUGGCUUCUUCCACGAACAGUCCAGAGCUGACAGAGACCAAUAUGUUGAGAUCAUUUGGCAGAAUGUACUUAAAGGAGCAAACGACCAAUUUGAAAAAUACGGAUUAAACGUUUUGGAUCACCUUAAUGAGCCUUAUGAUUAUUCAUCGAUAAUGCACUAUGGUCCCUAUGCAUUCAGUGACAACGGUAGACGAACUAUCGUUGCACGAAACCCCGGUGCAGAACGAAUGGGUCAACGAGUCGCAUUUUCUGAAAUUGAUCUACGAAAGAUCAACAAACUCUACUCAUGUACACAAGCUUUCUCAAUUAUUGGUAACACUAUUAAAGAUGCGAUACCACAAGCACCGUUACAAAACAUACCAGUGAUACCGUAUAGGCCACUGCUCCCGAACAAUAUUAGGAACAGAUUCAACGGCAUGGGAUUCCGUCCACAGCAAGGAAAAAGGUUUGGCAUUUUCGGCUGA